CAUAGCUGCAAUCUGAGGUAUAGGCUGAGAAUAGUGUGCACCAAAUGGGUAGCUGACAUGUAUGAGGAGAAAGUGGUUGAGAAUCCAUCAAUGGGUGCAGUGGAAUUGAAAAAUCUUAUCAAGGCUGAGUAUAAACUCAAUGUGUCUGAAAGCAUGGCCAGCAGAGCUUUGAAAGCUAUUGAAGAGAAAAACCAAACUGCUUUCAAAGACCAAUUCAAAAAGAUCAGGAACUAUGCAGAGGAAUGCCUUCAGUCAAUACCUAAUAGUACAGUUGUCAUCAAAACUGUGAGAGUUGUCCC